UUUAUUUACACCUGCUAGCCUGUAGCCUCCCCCGAAAAGCCUUUCCGGUCAUCGGCCUUUUUAAACAAUGGGCAGCUCAAGCACAUGUCACAGAGACAUGAACGUCAGACUUCACGACUGUGCUCCACGUAUACGAUAGGACUCGCCUACUUUCUGCGUUACAUUUUCUCGUAUUUGUUGAUCUCCAGUUAGAAUUCUGACAACUUCCAUUGCAGUUGAUUUUUUAAAGGUGAUACGAGAACAACUAACAAAGAAAAUGGCCACAAACAUUGCUGAAAUUCCAAUUCAUAAAAUCUGCUGUAUUGGGGCCGGAUAUGUGGGGGGUCCCACAUGCAGUGUUCUGGCUCUCAAGUGCCCUGAUAUUCAAGUAACUGUGGUUGACAGGAGUGAACUGCGUAUUAACCAGUGGAACUCAGACAAGCUUCCAAUCUAUGAGCCAGGCCUAGAAGAAAUUGUGAAACAAUGUAGAGGAAAGAAUUUAUUCUUUUCUACUGAUAUGGUCCCUGCAUUGAAGGAGGCUGAUUUGAUUUUCAUAUCUGUCAACACUCCAACUAAAACUUUUGGCUUGGGCAAGGGCCGUGCUGCUGAUUUGAAAUUUGUUGAAUCAUGCGCCAGACUGAUUGCCGAUGUGUGCGAGGGGAGCAAGAUCGUCGUCGAAAAGAGUACCGUUCCGGUAAGAUCUGCAGCUUCCAUCGUAAACAUUUUGAAAGCCAACACGAGACCCGGCGUUAGCUAUCAAGUGCUUUCCAAUCCGGAAUUUUUGGCUGAGGGUACUGCCGUCAAUGAUCUUACAAAGCCCGACCGAGUUCUAAUUGGUGGCGAGGAGAGUGAAGAAGGAAGAAAAGCUAUUGCUGCACUUUCGUGGGUGUACCAGCAUUGGGUUCCGGCGGAAAAAAUCAUCCACAUGAAUACUUGGUCAUCGGAACUAUCUAAACUAGCUGCCAACGCUUUCUUAGCUCAACGAAUUUCUAGUAUUAAUGCCAUAUCUGCCGUAUGCGAAGCAACAGGUGCCGACGUUAGUGAAGUGGCCAAGGCCAUCGGACUUGAUUCUCGUCUCGGUCCCAAAUUCCUCCAGGCGUCAGUCGGAUGGGGUGGUAGCUGCUUCCAGAAGGACAUUCUCAAUUUGGUUUACAUUAGCGAAUCACUCAACUUAACGAGCGUAGCUGCUUAUUGGCAACAAGUUAUCGAUAUGAAUGAGUAUCAAAAAUCGCGCUUUGGAGAGCGCAUCGUACAAUCCAUGUUCAACACUAUCACCGAUAAGCAUAUAGCGAUUUUAGGAUUUGCCUUCAAAAAGAACACUGGUGACACUCGCGAGUCACCCGCCAUUCAUGUCGCAAAGCAUCUUCUUGAAGAAGGGGCUUUUCUUCAUAUCUUCGAUCCUAAAGUCGAAAAGGCUCAAAUACUACUGGAUCUAGAUCAAUUGGAUGAAGAAAGUAGUAUCAGUAUUCACACGGACCCCUAUGAAGCUGCCAAGGGCACCCACGCGCUUGUAGUCUGCACGGAAUGGGACCAAUUUAUUACUUACGAUUAUCAACGAAUGUACGACUCGAUGCUGAAACCAGCUUUUGUUUUCGACGGGCGUAAAACUCUUGAUCAUGCUGCGUUAACCAAAAUCGGUUUCCAUGUCGAGACCAUUGGGAAACGCCAUGGGCAGAGCUCCCAGGACCACAACUGGACCGGAACGAAUGGCAUUUAAGAAGAAAGCGAAAGUAUUAUUCCGAAAUUUGGUGCAAUCUUAACUCUUUAACAACCCAGUGUUUUUCGAUAUUAUGGUAUCUUCUACAAUUAUUGUGAUUUUCUACUACUUAUUGGAAAUCACCAGAGGCUACUUUCUUCUCUGUCGCUUAAGAGAUUAGUUUCUCACAUAUAUUUUAUGAGAAACGA